GGCAACAUGCUGGAGUCUGUCUGCAUUGCGCAUUACACAUCCACUCACUCACUCACCCACUCACUCUCGCUCUCUCACCCUCCCUCCCUCUCUCUCUCUUUCUCUCUCUCUCUCUCUCUGUUUGUGUCUCCACUGUUCUGCUGCACGGGUUUGAGGAGCACUGCAAGUUUGCUGUUGUCUGACGGCAGUAGGAUGUGUAUUGUGGAUGUAUAAUAUUCUUGCUGUAUGAAUGUGAGGCUGUAAUGUGAGAUCUAUUUUUAAUAACACAUAGGAGGUUUUGCGCAGAUCUUUCCUGCACUGUUCCUCAAUCUGACUGCCCACGUGAAGACAUGAAGUAGGUGCAGUGGUCCAUGGGACAUGGAGAUGGUCGACAUUUGGUGGAACAUGAUGCUGGAUGUCCUGUUGGGUCACUGACUAUUCAAACUGCAGGGCGUUGGAUGCGUACUCAACCCACCUGAACAUCCACUGCCAUCCAGUACUGCGAGUUUGAUCUCCAGGAUGACUGUGGUGGUUGCUGGAGAUAAUAUAGACGAGACGUCCUCCACUCUGCAGGGGCAACCGCAGGACUCGCAGUAUUCCCCCGAGUGCUGCGAGCGGGUGGUCAUCAACAUCUCAGGGCUGCGCUUUGAGACACAACUCAAGACGCUUGCCCAGUUCCCCGACACUCUACUAGGCAACCCCAAAAAAAGGAUGCGCUACUUUGACCCUUUAAGGAACGAGUACUUCUUUGACAGAAACCGUCCCAGCUUUGAUGCAAUCCUCUACUACUAUCAGUCAGGGGGAAGGUUAAGAAGACCCGUCAAUGUACCCUUGGAUAUGUUCUCGGAGGAAAUUAAGUUUUAUGAGCUUGGAGAAGAAGCUAUGGAAAAAUUUAGAGAGGAUGAGGGCUUUAUUCGUGAGGAAGAGCGCCCCCUGCCGGAGAAUGAGUUUCAGAGACAGAUUUGGCUGCUUUUUGAGCAUCCCGAGAGCUCAGGCCCCGCCAGAGGGAUCGCGAUUGUCUCCGUCAUGGUUAUUCUCAUUUCUAUCGUCAUAUUUUGUUUGGAGACUUUACCAGAGUUGAAAGAGGAUCCACAUGGACGGCUCCAGGUGAUAGGCAACAGCACGUUCUACUACAAACCAAAUAUUUUUACCGACCCCUUCUUUGUUGUGGAGACACUCUGCAUCAUCUGGUUUUCUUUUGAGUUGAUUGUCCGUUUUUUCGCUUGCCCAAGUAAACCUGCCUUCUUCAAAAACAUGAUGAACACAAUUGACAUAGUGUCCAUCAUUCCAUAUUUCAUAACGCUCGGAACGGAGAUGGCAGAGGACCCUGAGGGUGGAAAGGAGGUGAAGGGUGGAGGAGAGCAGGCCACGUCUCUUGCCAUUCUCAGGGUUAUCCGCUUGGUUCGGGUGUUUCGGAUAUUUAAGCUGUCCAGACACUCCAAGGGGCUUCAGAUCUUGGGCCAGACUUUGAAAGCCAGCAUGCGAGAGCUAGGACUCCUCAUCUUUUUUCUUUUCAUUGGCGUCAUCUUGUUUUCCAGCGCGGUGUAUUUUGCCGAGGCCGAAGAGAAGGAUUCCUUCUUCACAAGUAUCCCAGAAGCCUUCUGGUGGGCGGUGGUUUCGAUGACAACCGUGGGGUAUGGAGACAUGUACCCUGUUACGAUUGGGGGCAAGAUAGUAGGCUCUCUAUGUGCCAUUGCUGGAGUGCUAACAAUCGCGCUUCCAGUGCCUGUGAUUGUGUCCAACUUUAACUAUUUCUAUCACAGAGAAACCGAAGGUGAUGAACAGGCACAGCUCCUCACAGUGAGCAAUCCGAACAUCGCGUCAGACUCCAACUCCAGUCGUCGCAGCUCGUCGGUCGUCAGCAAGUCAGAAUACAUGGAGAUUGACGAUGACCUCAAUAACAGCAUUGAUAAUUUUCGAGAGGCGAACUUGCGAACUGGGAACUGCACAGUUGCAAAUCAAAACUGUGUAAAUAAAGGGAAGCGUCUCACAGAUGUAUAGAUUUCCAGUGUCAUUCUAGGCCAUUACAAGACUGUACAUAGUGUAGUCUAGUCAUAUAUCAGAAUGCUUAAACUGGACCUCUGAUAAUGUAUUAUUUCAUUGCAUAUGUUUGAUCUUAAGUCCACAAGAGUUGAUUCUGUUUGAAGAUUGGUAGUCUAAAAUAUGCCUAUGGACACCAAAUUUUAUAUGAGUAAAAGACAGAAUAAAGGCCUGUUCACACUAAGAAUGAUAACUAUAAAGAUAAUGAUAAAGAUAUAGUUCUAAAAAUCGUUCUAAAAUAUAAAAGAAUAGCACUGUCCAAACCACAGCUAUAACAAUAAUGAUAUAGAGAAACGAUAUUGCUGUGAUCACUUUCAGAACAAUUUUUUUUUUCAGUUGUUGAACGAUAAAACACUGACAGCCAAUCAGAAUCCAUUCUAAUUUAUGGACUCGCAUAUUUAAAAUGGCAGAGGACAUUGCGGAGAAGUUAAUCGCUGAGUUCCAGAAACCCCCUUUUCAAGGAUACUUUAAAGAAAAUGUAUAUAUGGAAAACAAUCGGUCAUAUCCUCGGAAUAAAUAGUGACGAAUAGCAUUAACGAAAUAUUCCAGGCUAGUAAACAGUGUAAAAUAAAAUUACCUCAGGUAUCCAGUGCUAGUUUCGACAACACUUGCUUCCUUUGAAGUUGCAGUAAAAAAAACUAGCCGCUGUUUUUAUUCCACUAUAUUGACUUCGCCAGCUAAAUUCACUGCUAGAUUAGAUCGAUUACACUAGCUGUUCACUCGAAACAUAGCAUGCUGAGGACAUCUGCUGGUUAAAGCAGUGUAAAUGCAACAAGAACAGCAAUAACAUGUCGUACACACUUUGAAACCGCAGCGCCUGAGCUUAGAAUAAACUGAGCGUUAUCGUUCGUUGGUGUGAACGCAAAUAUAGUUAUCGCUAUAGUUAUCGUUCUUGCUGUGAACAGGCCUUAACUAUUCAUCGGAUGGUUAGAGUACUUGGAUAUAUAAAUGACUUUACAUUUUACGAUGCACCUUAUCCCAAAAUAUUAUAAGUUAUUCAGUGACAAAAAUUAGAUUUGCAUGUAGAACAAUUACUUUUUUGUACCAUAUGUUCAUCAUGUAUUUAUUUACUUGUUUAUUUGCUCAUUAAGGCUACUUUAAUCCAUUUACAAACUGAAUGUUGAUUAAUUAUGCAGAUCAUGGCAUGUUUUUUGAAACGUUGAGGUCUGUUUGAUAUGGUACUAUGUAUCUUGCUUUAAUUAAUACAUGAACUUCAUCACAUAUAGCCAAGUCGACAGUACGACUCUCUUAAAUUACAACCACUGCCCAUUAAAAGCAUAACUUCCUUGAACAUCUUUAACAACUAUUUAACUAUUUCAAAUCUGUUCCAGGCAGUAUUACAUUUUUAAAAGUAUGACUUCAUUUGUUAAAGCUUUUUAAAUGUACAUAUUCAAUACUAUACUUAAUUAAUCAUUCAAUAUAUUUAUCUAUAUUAAAUAAUUGUAAUUAUUAUAUUGAAUAUAUAUUAUAUUUAAUACAUUAUGAUUGCAUAUUUAAUAAUUAUUAUUUAAAUAAAUAAUUUAAUAGUGCCUUCAGUCAUAUAGAGUGUCUCUACAUGCAAUAGUUACUGUAAAACAUUUGCAAAUCUUAAGCAUACAUGAUGUGUCGAGGGAUAUUCCAGAGCUGCUGGGAUUGAAUUUCAGGACAUGGUCCCUCAACAUCCUUGUACAUAAAAUAGAAUUAGCUACAUCUCGCUGGAUCAGGCAUUGCUUUUCAAAGAAGUGUGAAACAUGUUGUGUUUUUCAUCUUCAUGUAUUCUUUUGUAACGGCUGUGUUUUGCUCAUUGGUUUCUUUGGAUCUACCUCAGUGUGACCAUGCAUAGUAAGCUUGUGAAUGCACUUCAUAUCCAGUCAAAUGAUCCUGUCCUGUGGGUUUAGAGAGUUGAGUAUGCAAUAGAAGUGAAACACUUCAAUUUAAAAUAAGACUCCAUAAAACUAUAGCUACAAACAAAGUUUAGAAAUAGUACACAGUUGUUGUUAAUAGAAAUUAGACGAUUCCGAGUGAUGCUAAGCACAAGCGCUAAUAGUGCUGUAUAAUACGCACAGGUCUGCAUCAGGGACUGUAAUUGGUAGAAACUGCCAAUAUCUGUAUCAAUGUGAGUUGCAGUCUAAAAAGAAUACCUUUAAUUUGAGUGUACAUGUUGUCUUUUAAAAUCUAAUGCACUUUAAUGAGAAUUCAUGUAUUUAUAUGGUUUCGUAACGAGAAUGACAUAAAAGUACGAAAGGUAAAAUAAAGAAUCUAAAGACGAUGUGUUGAUUUGUCCACGUUAAGGAUGUGUGUUAGGCAUCUUAACCAGCAUAGGUGUUUUACAACCCUUUAAUUCGUUCUUUGGGGCAUUUAUUAUAGUCACUUAAAUACUAAACAUCACAACUGUGAUGCUUUGCCAGCAAGUUAAAUAGCUGCGAUGAAAGCUAUAUUUUUACAAAGACGAUGUGUUUAUACAAGUCUGUAUAAAAGAAAUACAUGCCAGAGUGAGGUUUAUUUAUUGUGAAUAUAGAUGUCUGCAGUUUGAGAAACACUCACUUUUAUAUGAAACGUUAAAGAAUAAAAUAUAAUACAAAACAGUGGACCAAAAAAAGGUUUUUCAUGUAAUUUAUGUAGAUUAUGAAUAUGGAAACAAAAAUGGCAAUGAUUGAAAGUUGUCAAUACAUUAUGUUACAGUAAAUCAAAUUCUAAUUUACCAUAUGUGAGACAGAAUGGAUAAAAAAUAGGAACAAGAUAACCACGGUUCUCAAUCUUUAUCAUGUGUAUUUACAUAAUCAUCCAGGCUUUCAACUUUGUCAGCAUCAUUUUGAUUUCUUUUUAAGAUGGAAGGAUUUGAUAUCCCUGCUGAAAAAUAGAGCAUAAACCAGCAUGAUUUCCAUGCUGAUCCAGGCUGGUUUAUGAUGGUUAGAGUUGGUCUAGCUGGUACAACCCAGACAGCAACAUAGUGUGGCCCAGAUCCGGCCCACAUCUGGUACAUGUAGAUUAUACGCGGACCAGAUGAGGGCCGGAUCUGGGCCGAAACUAUGUUGCUAUCAGUUGCAGAACCACACGAAACAGCAGUCUGAGGACAUCAGCAUCAGACCAGAAGUUAGGGUGGUGCUGACGAUCGUGUAUCCCGCCCCAACCACGAACCCUACACUUCAGUAUAACUAUAAGCUCUACCUUAAUGAAUGCAAACCCCACCCAACUGCUAAACCUACCCUUGGCCUGGCGCUGCUGUUCUCAGACUGCUGUGAUGGUGCUGCAGCUGGUUAUUAUUGCAAAAAUUUUAUUACGCUGUUGACCAAUGAGACUUUCUAUUUUUCAGCAGAGAUAAAUGAGUGAAUUCAAAAGCAUUUCUGCAUUAAAUGGCUUCUUUUUAAAAACAGGGCCUGGUUUCCAUGUUGAGCUUGUCCUAUGAGUGUUAUGCCAUAAAUGAAACUAAAGCACUUUGAUAUUAUGCAUGCAGGCAGCUCUGGGCUUACGUUGCUCUGACAUGAAUCAUGCAAAUGCUGGGAAAAGCUUUUUCUUUCUGUCUUUUUUAUUAUUAUAAAAUAAUCAGAUCAUUUCAUUGUUUUUUGGUGAUUGGCAUACUUUGACUAUUUAUGUGCUGAUAAGGUGUAUUCUAUAACAUGACACUAUGACCAUUUUAAGUCACUUUUUUUUAUUAUUUUUUUUUUUUUACAGUUUUUAAAGAAUGUUUUUCUAAAUUCAUUUCAACUCAAACUUUAGGAUAAAUGAGAAGCUUCAAUGAUUCACUUUGAUAAAUAAAAAUGAUUAAAAUCCUCA